AUGAAAGGAUUUAAUAUAAGAAGUUCAAAAAAAAAGUUUAGUACUUUUAGCAAGAACGGAAAUAAUAAUAACAAUAAUAAUAAUAAUUAUAAUAAUAAUAAUAAUAAUAAUUAUAAUAAUAAUUAUAAUAAUAAUAAUUAUAAUAAUAAAUUUAAUAGAUAUUAUAAGAAUAAUAAAAAAAGUCAAAGAAACUUUGGUAGUAGUAGUAGAGAGCAAAAUGAUGAAAAUAGAUUUGUAGAAAGAUCGUGUGAAGAUAUUUAUGAUUAUAUAAUUAAUAUUUCUUAUAUAUUGAAUGAGAAAUAUGAAAAAUAUUUAAUAUAUGAAAUGAGAGAAGAAAAUAUAAAUAAAGGAAAUAAAGCAUUUCAUCAGAUUAAUUUGGAUAAUACAUGUUAUGAUAUAGAAGAUGAUAUAUGUAUAUUAUUAAAAGUUAUUGAAGAAAUAAAAAAUAAUGAAAUAAAAAUAUUUGAUCAUAGGAAAGGUUCCAAAAUUAUAGAGAAAUUAAUAUAUUAUUGUUUUUUUUUAUUAAAAUAUAAUGAGAAAAAUAUAAAGAAUGAAAAUAUUAGUUUAGAAUGUAUACAAGCAUAUAAUAAUUUAUUAAGAGUAGUUAGUCAAUAUUUUAUAACAUUAACAUUAUCUAAUUAUGGAUCACAUGUUAUACAAAGUUUAUUAUGUUUAUUUCCAUAUUUUAAUAAAUAUGAAUAUUUAUAUAUAGACAAAUUAACUAUUAAAAAUAUGGAAUAUAAUAAAAUGUAUGAUUACUUCAAAAAUAUAUGUAACGUUGUGUGUGAUAAUUUAUUUGAAAUUAUUUUUGAUAGAUGUGGCACACAUGUAUUAAGAUCUUUUUUAUAUUCACUAGGUGGGUAUUUAUAUGUUAACAUAAAUGAUAUAACAUUUAGAAAAUCUAAAAUAAAUAAAAAUAGAAUUAAAAAUAAACUAAAUAAUAAAGGUCUUAAUAACAAUAUAAAAAAUAGUGAACUGAAAUAUGUUGAUAAAAAUUUCGAAUCGAAUAUUUUUAAUGAAUAUAUAUAUAAAAUAGUAGAAAUGAUAUCAAAUGAAAUUGAAAAGCCUAAUAUAUCAUUGAAGUAUAAAAAUUUGUUAUAUCAAUAUGUAUAUUAUGAUAAUAAUAAUAAUAAUAUACAUAGUAAUGGUAAUAGUAACAUUUUAGAUGAAAAUAAUAACAGUGGAUAUAUAUCGAAUGUUCAUAACACACCUAAUAAUAUGAACAAGUCAGAUAAUUUAAAAUAUAUUGUUGAAAGUAAUAGUCAACAUUUUAUUUGCCCAUUAUUAUAUAAUACAUAUUCUGUUCCUGCUCUUGUUAUAUUAUUUGAAUUAUUGAAUGAUAAAAAUAUUGAAUGUUCUUGUUUGAUUAGACAAAUAUUUUUAAUAAAUAAAACGAAAUUAUAUUAUAUAGAAAAAACAAAACAAAAGCAAAAAGAUGAUAAUGUGUUAUCAUUACAUGUGGAAAGCCCUUUAAAACAAUUAUUGGAUAUUUUAAUAGUACUAGAUAAUUCAAGUAUAAUGAUUGAGAAAUUAUUAAAAAUAAAAAAUGAAGAAACAUUUUAUAUAUUCAAUAUGUAUAUAUUAAAAAAUGUAAAUAAAUUGAUAUGUGAAAAUAUAUAUUCGAAUAUGGUUUUAUAUAAUUAUUUUACCAAUGAAUAUAUUUCUGAAGAAAUGUUUGAUUUAUUAAUUAAACAUAUAGAUAUAGUUGAAUUAAUUAAAAAUAAAAAAUAUAAUAUUUUAAAAUGUCUUUUUUUUUUGGCUCAAUGGUAUAAACGUAAUUGUAAAUAUUUAUAUAAUGAGUUGAUAAAAAAUUUUCAUUUGAAUGAUGAACAUAAAAAAGGAAACAGUAAAAGGUUUAUUUGGAUAUGUAUUUUGUGUAUGUGUGAUUAUGAUGAUAUGCCUUGUAUGUUUAAAGAUAUAUAUAUGAAAAAUGUCGAUGACAAUUCUUCAGAUAUAAAUGAAAAAAAAGAAAAGAACGAAAAAUUAUAUAAUAAUAAUAAUAAUAAUAAUAAUAAUAAUAAUAACAAUUUGUGUAAAAAUUUAAAUAAUUAUAAUUUUUAUAACUAUCUAAAAAUUGAUAUAAAUGGUUAUUACAUUUUAUUAUAUUUAUUAUCAUUCCCAAAAGAAUCCAUAACAACGUUAACAAAUUCGUUUAAAUAUUUUUGUAAUUUUAUUAAGAUGGUUAAUAUAAAUGAGCCUAGUCCAACGGAUGUAGAGAAUUUUCAAAAUUUCUUGGAAAAUUUUUCAAAAAAGAGUGAAGAAAUUAUAUCUUUAGAUUCUAUUAGAAAAGAUGAAGAUAACAUGCAUGGGCAUAAAAAUGAUUUGCAUAAAAAUGAUAAGAUGAAUAUAAAAAUGAAUAAUAAUAAACCUUUUUUUAGAAAAAAUAUAGAAUUAAGAGGAAAUAUCCUUUUGUAUUUUGCCUGUGAUAAAAAUCUUUCUAUCCUUUGUGAAAAAAUAGUACAUACAUUUAAUUUAUUAAAUGAAAAAUAUUUAAGAAGAUUUAUAUCUUUAUUUAAGAAGCAAUAUGACAAUAUAGCCAAACAUUAUAUUGGAGCUCAUACUAUUGUAACCUUUUUUAAAUUAGGAAAUGACAAUAUAAAAAAAAAUAUACUUGAUAGUCUCAUACAAAAUGAUAUUAAUGUUUAUAAUAAUUAUAUAAAAAAUUUUAUGAAGCUUAAAGAAUAUCAAAAAACUAAAACGAUUACUACUACGAAUAAUAAGAAAUAUCUAAAGGCAAAGAAAUUAUUUCAAGAUAUAUUAAUCUCUAAGGAAAACAUCCAUAAUCAAAAUGAUAUUAAUGAUAUGAAAGAACAUCAUAAAUCUUCUAUAAAAUUGAAAAAAAUACAUAACACAUCCAAAAAUAUUGAUAGUGACGUCAAUAGUAAUGAUAAGGACACUGUUGCAAUUUAUGAUGAUAAUAAUAAUAUUAAUAUAUUAAAAGAAGAUACUAACGAUGAUGAAGAAAAUAAUGACAAUGUUCAAACGAAUGAUAAUGAUACUGGUUCUAAUAAAUCCUCUUCAAAUGAAAAGGAACAAAUUAUAGACAAGGAAAAUGGUUUUAUCAAUGUAAUCACUGAUUUUAUAAAAAAUACAAAAACAAAAUCUCGAAAAAGGAAAAAAGAAAAGGAUCAAAUAGAAAAUCUAUUAAAAAAAAAAUAUAUAUAA